AUUACGCAAAAAGUCACAAAUGAAAAUGAAGCUUGGAGUUCAAUAAACUUGUUUUCUUAAUACCUAGUGUAAAGGUUUAUUUAGUGAUAUAAAUCAAAUAAAUUUCAAUACAGGUCAUUAUGAAGCUGAAAACAAGUAUAAUCUGUCUACUGGUGUUUCUCCAUUGUUCCUAUGCACCUCCUGUGUCUCAAGAUAAAGAUAAAUCUAAGGAGCAAGACAGUGAAAUAAAAGAUGAUUUGGAGGAGUACAUGGAAUAUCACAGAUACCUAAAAGAGGUAGUGCAAGCUUUAGAGAGCGAUCCUGAUUUCAGGGAACGUUUGGAGAAGGCAGAUGAAGAAGAUGUUCGAUCAGGAAAAAUAGCAGAACAAUUGGACUUUGUGAAUCACAACAUCAGAACUAAAUUAGAUGAAAUAAAGAGACGCGAAUUGGACAGGCUUCGGCAUCUGGCGACAAAACAAUUUGAAUUAACCAAUGACCUGGAAAUUAAUACUGGGAAGAUUCCAUCAAAUGAACAUUUAGACCAUGGUAAUCCCCAUACCUUCGAGAUUGAGGACCUUAAGAAAUUGAUUAAAAAAACUACUGCUGACUUAGAGGCAGCGGACAAGCAGAGAAAGAAGCAGUUUAAAGAAUAUGAAAUGCAAAAAGAAUUUGAGAAACAUCAAAAAAUGGAGGCUAUGGAUGAAGCACAAAAGAAGGAGUACAUGGAAAAACUGAAGCAGGAAGAGGAUGCUAAGAAACAUCACCAACCACUCCAUCAUCCCGGUUCUAAACAACAAUUGGAGGAAGUAUGGGAAAAGCAGGACAAUAUGGACCAACAGUUUGACCCCAAAGCGUUCUUCAUGAUGCAUGACGUCGAUGGCAACGGUGUCUGGGAUGCGGACGAAGUGAAAGCGCUCUUCAUCAAGGAACUGGACAAAGUGUACGGUCCCGGUGGCCCAAACAAGGAUUUGCACGAGCGGGCUGAGGAAAUGGAACGCAUGCGGGAACACGUAUUCAAAGAAAACGAUCGCAACCGUGAUGGGCUCAUCGACUUCCACGAGUUCAUGAUGGAGACACAGAAGGCAGAAUUCAAUCAGGAUGAAGGUUGGAAACCCAUUGACGAAAAUCAAAUUUACUCUCAAGCCGAAUACGAGGAAUUUGAGAGAAGAAGAAUCGAAGAGCUGAGAUAUUUGCAGCAACGUGGUUUGGUUGACGCCCACGGAAGACCGGUCCCUGGCGCUCAGCAUCAGAUCCACCAAGCUUACCAACAACAACAGGCUUACCAGCAGCAACAACAGCAAGCGCAGUAUCAAGCUCAACAACAAGGGUACCAGGGACAACAGUAUUAUCAGGGUCAUCCACAAGGGCAAGUUCCCCCUAAAUUCGCUCCUGGUCAAGCCCCAGAGUAUCCGCAACAAGGGUAUCAAGCGCAAUAUCAACCCGGUCAAGCACCACAACAACAGUACCAACAGCCGCAACAAUUUCAAGGUCAACCUCAAGGAAACUUCCAAGGUCAGCCACAAGGACAGGUUCAAGGUCAACAGCCCCAAGGGCAGUUCCAAGGGCAACAACCGCUAGUACAACAGCCUCUACAACCAAUUCAAAAUCAACAACAAGCGCAGAACAUAAAUCAGCAGCAAACCCAACAAGGACAAGCCCAGGGUCAACGCAAUGAUUUACCUGUUCUAGGCCAAUCCACGCCAGUACAAGGUCAAGCCGGCCAAGCACAGCCCAGUGUAGUGCAAGGUCAGCCUCCACAAGGCCAAGGUCAAAGUCAAGGCCAAGCUCCACCUGUUCAAGCACAAAACCCAUCGCAGUAACGCGGUAAACACGAAUUAUAUGGCAUGCUACGAUAAAGCCUAUUUAUUGUUUUUAACGUUGCUUAUAUCUAGAAAUGGUGCCAAAUUUGUCUUGCUCUCACCAUACAUUACUCAUUGUGUUAAAAAUUAUUGUGUAUAUUAUUUAGUAUAUUUUACUAAGCUUAUGGAGAUUUGUUAGAAGUAUUUAAUAUAAUUUUCUGAAUUGGC